ACACACCUUCAGUUCACUGCUCUGUGCCUCAGAUGCUGGCAUAUCUGAAAAAUUGUCCCUGAUGCUCCCACCAGCAGUAGUGAAAGAUUCAGCCAGAGCCCAUUUCUCUGUGUUGGGUGAUAUCUUGAGUUCAGCCAUAAAAAACACACAGAAUCUUCUUGCAAUGCCCUUUGGCUGUGGGGAGCAGAACAUGGUCCUUUUUGCUCCUAACAUCUACGUACUGAAAUAUCUGAAUGAGACCCAACAGCUGACUGAGAAGAUCAAGUCAGAGGCCAUUGGUUACCUCAAUGCUGGCUAUCAGAGGGAGCUGAACUACAAACACAAGGAUGGCUCCUACAGCGCCUUCGGGGAUCAGGGCGACCAGAAGUCAAGGAAGCACUUGGCUCACAGCCUUUGUGCUCAAGUCUUUUGCCCAAGCUCGAGCCUUCAUCUUCAUCGAUGAAACACAUCACCCACGCCUUCA